UCAACUAAUGACAAAUACCUUAACUGAAACUGAAAACUGUUAAACAAAUACUUUCUAAUAAUAUUAACAUGAUUUUUUCGUGUUUGGUUAACAAUAUUAUUGUAAAAAUCCUAAUAUAAAUUAAAGCUAACAUUGAAAGCAAGAGCAGAUCACAAUGGAAUUGGUGGGAGAGGCGGCCCUGCAGCAGCUGUGUGGCAGUCAUGGGGGUCGUAUGUCGCGGGGGCGGUGUGAGGGCGGGGUGGGCGGCGGGCAGCUGUCGUCCCCCUUCUCAGGGGAGCCCCAGAACGUGGGCGCCGCCAUAUACGUCACGAGCGUGCUGCUGUUCUACGUGUGCCUCCUGUUCCUCCUGUUGAGAGGGUCCAAGCCUUCCCCCCACACAUGCCCUCACGUGUCCCACACGUCAUCCCCCGAAGAUCCCCCCAACCCCAGCAACACGUCCGACCUACACGUCACUCUGGCGACACACCAGCACCUUGCGUGUGCCGUCGAGGUGUAAACACACCAGCAACACGUCCGACCUACACGUCACUCUGGUGACACACCAGCACCUUGCGUGUGCCGUCGAGGUGUAAACAUUCCAGCAACACGUCCGACCUACACGUCACUCUGGCGACACACCAGCAGCUAGCGUGUGCCGUCGAGGUGUAAACACUCCAGCAACACGUCCGACCUACACGUCACUCUGGCGACACACCAGCAGCUAGCGUGUGCCGUCGAGGUGUAAAUACGCCAGCAACACGUCCGACCUACACGUCACUCUGGCGACACACCAGCACCUUGCGUGUGCCGUCGAGGUGUAAACACUCCAGCAACACGUCCGACAUAUUCCUUCAACAAUUCCUAUGCGUUUAGCGUGUAUUGACUGGUAUACAGUGCGGUGUUAUACAUAUUAAUUGCAUAGUGAAAUUGGUGACUAAAGAUAUAGAUUGAUAAUACAAGAUUAUCGCUUGGUGAGAAUGGUGGCUCAAAAAUUCGUUCUACUUAUAUAAAAAUUACCGCAUUUAUACUUUGGUAAUUUUCUCUACAGUUCCCGCCCUCACCCAAACCAGAAAGGGCGGGAGGUAUAAAAGAGGUUGAGAUUGAAUUAAUAAAGGUGGAGGUCGAUUAUAACAAAAUAAAUAUUCGAUGCAUGAAUGACAUGCGUAUUUCAUUCCAUGUUUGUUUCCACAACAUAUCUUGAAUGAACUCGAACAAAUCUUAACGUAUAACUCACAACAGAUCGCGCGUCAAGUCAUGGUACAGGAAAAAGUCCUUGAGCGCAGGCAGUCGAAAAGUUCCGAGGCUGCGGACGGCGCCCGAAAUCUUCUGGUCUCGAGAAUCGGUUGUGUCAAACAAGUCCAGUUGUUCCCAUAUCUGUAUAAUGUUUUUGUUAUUUAUAGCUGUUUUAAGUAACCGGAAAUUCAGUGAGUAUGAGUGUGAAUUAUACGCAAGAAUACCCAUAUUGGUGGGACUUUCUGUAGCUACGAUUUAGUUUUAUUUUAAGGCUACGUACUUUUUUAGUCAGCUCCUCUGCCGGAGUUGAAUCAUCCGAUGUACUGUACUUAUUUUCCCAGAAUAAAUUUCACAUUAAAUACAGUGAUGAUAUACAUAAUUGCAUUUGUCAUUAAUAUCUGUCGUAACUGUGUAUAUUUUCUUAUGUAUUAGCUACAAUUAAAUUAGUUAAAUCUAGUAUAUGUUGAAUUGAAUAUGUACCCAUUGUAGUGGGAGCACGCAAUGGGGUCUCAGAAGCACCGUAUCUAUACCACCUUAUCCAUUUACGCUAUAAUUGAAGUGCAAAGAAGUAUAGCACUGGACUGUAGGAUGCAUUAAUGCGAAUAUAUGUUAGGUGGUUAAUGUCAAUAUUUACUAACCAAGUUUUCUCAAUGGAAUACAUUCUAAUUUUAUAGUGAAAUAUAGUUUGUAACUCGUCCUUACCAUUUGUCACCAGAGAGUAUCUUUCGUCAUCGGGAAUUCAUGUACGAAUAGCAGUGAAAACGAAUUAAGAAUGCACCUGUGCAUUGAUGGUCAGUACAACAUUCCCGAAAAAAAAACCCCUACGACGUUGAAUCCUUUGACGAAACGUCUGCCAAAAAGACCUGCUUUCGUCGGCAGGACCCCAAACUCAAGUCGCUUCGAAGCGACAAAUUUGAACAGUUUUCAAGUUAUCCUGAUAUCGUGGAAGUUCAGCGCCUUAUGAGAACUUUCUUCAGAACUCGUGCUUGAUUAAAUUUCAGCUCGUCCUCUUAUUGGUCAGAACCAGGAUUUCUUCAGCCAAUCAUAGAUCAGGAAGAAAUAAUACGGUAAUACUUCACAAAUAAUACGGAAAUACAGAGCGCAGGCAGCAAGCAUUACGACAAUAGGUAGCAAUAAUACGAAGAAAACGGCUUAUAUACUUUCUUAAGACUUCGAAUUAUCACUCACUACAGAGAUUAAGAUUGAGUGUCCCGAUGAUGUGGUAAUACAGGGAGGUUAACGGAAACUUCCUGAUUUGAAUGCUCAAUAAAAUA